AUGAAUAGAGAAACCAAACUUAAGCGGCAUUUUGAUGCCGUUAUCUAUGGAAGGUUGAAGAUUGAACCGAGAAACUCAUUAUUGUUUCUUGAAGCAAUCUACAACCAUCCAGAACCCGUGGCUUGUAUAAACAAUAUUGUUGCAGCAAAGGACGGAUUAUCAUCGGUACAGAGUGCUAUGCACUUUGAUAUCUCAAUAGCUUUCCUCAAUGGCCCUGCGUCUCUCCUUUUUGCCUACCUCUUGACGCCACAGCUCAAGAGCAUCGCAGGCGGUACCCUGAUCAACGAAGUGGUGCUCAAAAUCGUAGACCCUCCCUUAUUUUUCUAUGCGCUUCUUGACGCUUUCAGGGCUGGAAAGCUAGAGGAAAAGGGACAGCAGAGCUUUGCUGCUCUCUUACUUCACCUCAUUUGCCUCCCCGAUUCGCGAUCAACUUCUUAUCGUGAGUUGGCCCAGAAUCCUGCCGUCUUGGGAAAACUGGUGGCUCAUCCUAACCGAGACACGAGAGCUCUCGGGGAGCGUAUCAAGCAUAUACUCUCUGUCUAUAGCACUGGUACCACUCUCGAAGUUGGUGGCCCAGGAGGACGGCACGAUAAUGAUUUCUCGGACUUUCGCCAAAUCGCAAUAGUCCCUACCGCGGACGAAAUCACAUGCACAGACCCUCCCUUUCUUCGCUCUUGCGCAGAGCUGGAAAGCCCAGAGGCUGCAAGUACCCGCACUGCAGAUUAUCUUGAUAAUCAGUUCCGCUUAUUGCGGGAGGAUAUGUUAUGCGAGAUGCGCGAGGAGCUACAGAUUGCAAGAGGAAAAAAGAAAGGUCACUAUCGCGGUCUUGUCAUCAACGGAUUGGAUGUCAUCGGCAUCUCUUGUGGGACUCAAGCCAAGAGAACUAAGUGGGCCAUGACUCUGAAAUGUCGCGAUGAUUUGCCACAGCUGAAGAAAACGAAAGACAAGGAUCGUAAAACCUUCCUCACCAAAGAUAACGCUGGGAAACGGAUUCUUAGGCACCAGUCUUUAGCAUGUAUUCUUGUUGACGGAGAGGUCACAGCUUUUGCAACUGUCACUCGGGACGAGGAGUUGCUGGCAAAGAAGCCUCCUAUCGUUGUUCUUCAGAUCGAAGGAGAUGCCAGCACGAUGAGGGCCCUCCUGAGACUCAAAACUGGCAAAGAUGUCAAGCUGGUUCAAAUAGACACCGCUAUAUUUGCAUUCGAGCCGGUAUUAAAAGCAAUUCAAGGAAAACUGGAACUUCCCCUUUCCUCGGAGCUGCUUUUUUGGGAAAAAGGCAUUGAAAUCGACACUCCUCCAUGUAUGCCAACAGCAAUCAUACACGCAGUGGGGAACAACCCGCAGCAAGAUCUUCGAGGACUAUUAACGAUAUCGAAAUCAAUCGUGUUGGACAGAUCUCAGGCUGCCUCACUUAUGUCUGGACUGACGCAGAGGGUUUCAUUGAUCCAGGGUCCACCAGGUUCGUCGUCUUAUGUUUGUCUAGUGAAGCUUUUCUGGACUUUGCACCUCACUUUAGGUACCGGAAAGUCAUUCAUCGGUGCGCUUUUAGCAAAGAUCUUGCAUGAUUUCACGGAGCAGACAAUUCUGGUCGUGUGUUAUACCAAUCAUGCAUUGGACCAGUUCCUAGAGGAUCUUCUCGACAUUGGUAUACCUGAAAGCAGUAUGGUCCGACUGGGUGGGAAGUCCACAACAAAGACAGAGAACUUAUCGCUGUACAACCAAAAGAAGACGACUGUCAGACGCGAUAAAGCGGAAUGGAGUAUUAUAGACAAGCUGAAGACUGAUUCAGAGCGACUUUGCAGUGAAUUAGAGACGUCCUUCAAGCGAUAUAUGUCAUCAACUAUACAAGACGAUGACAUUUUGCGUCAUCUAGAAUUCGAGGAUCCAGCCUACUUCGAUGCAUUUUCUGUCCCAGAAACUAAUGACGGAAUGACCCGUGUUGGGAAGAAAGGCAAGGAAGUAGGCCCGAAUUAUCUUAUCAACCAGUGGCGAAAUGGUUGGGAUGCUGGCAUAUUCAAACAAUCCUCUCAUGUGCAAGAAGCGCUCGAGAUUUGGAAUAUGAGCCAACCUCUGCGACAGCAGAAGCUGGAAGAAUGGAAGUUGGUCAUUUUGCAAGAUCUACUCAGCGAAAUAUGUCGUAUUGCCAAAGAAUACGAUAAUUGCGUCAAGGUCCUUGGCCAAAGGUUCAAUGAAGGAGUACAGAUGACCUUGAAGCGUAAACGAAUUAUCGGCUGUACUACUACAGCGGCUGCGAAGUAUAGAGAAGAUAUCAGUGCAGCUUCUCCAGACGUACUUCUCGUCGAAGAAGCAGGAGAAAUCUUAGAGAGUCAUAUCAUAACAGCUUUGGGUCCUAAAACCAAACAGUUGAUCUUGAUAGGAGACCAUAAGCAACUUCGCCCGAAAGUAAACAACUAUCUUCUGACGGUUGAAAAAGGCGAAGGCUACGAUCUCAACAGAUCCCUUUUCGAGCGCCUGGUGCUUAAACAGUUUCCUCACCAGACACUUACCCAGCAACAUCGCAUGAGACCAGAAAUAUCCUCAUUGAUUCGUGCGUUAACGUACCCAGACCUUGUCGAUGCAGCUGGGACAAAAAACCGUCCAGCCCUGCGUGGUGUCCAGAGUAAUAUUGUUUUUGUGUCUCAUGACUAUCCCGAAGACGACAAUCCACAGCUUGCAGAUCGUCGAGAUAUGAAUGCCUCUUCUUCGAAGCAAAACUCGUACGAGAUUGAAAUGGUUUUGAAAAUCGUGCGGUAUCUUGCACAGCAAGGCUAUGGAACAGAGAAACUUGUCAUAUUGACUCCGUACCUCGCGCAGCUGCAUAAGCUGCAGGCAGCGCUUCGAGAGGACAACGAUCCAAUUCUCAACGAUCUUGACUCAUAUGAUCUAGUACGUGCAGGGCUAAUGACGCAGGCAGCAGCGAAGGUGGCAAAAAAACCACUUCGCCUUGCUACAGUUGAUAACUAUCAAGGUGAAGAAAGUAAUAUUGUGAUUGUUUCGCUUACCAGGAGCAACCCGGAGAAUAACAUCGGUUUCAUGUUCGCUCCUGAACGUCUGAAUGUUCUUUUGUCUCGUGCACGAGAUGCACUCAUUUUAAUUGGAAAUUCGCAUACAUUCAUGAAUUCUCGCACUGGCGGAAAGCUUUGGAAGGAUUUCUUCGACUUGCUAAAACGGGGAGGUCACCUAUACAACGGCUUUCCUGUUCAAUGUGAUCGACACCCAACACGAAUCGCCACGUUAAGCCAAGCCUUUGAGUUUGACGAGAAAUGUCCUGACGGGGGGUGUAAUGAACCUUGUGGCGCCAAGCUAAACUGCAAUUUGCAUUUGUGUCCAUCGAAAUGCCACCAGCUAUAUGACCACUCGAAGAUGCCGUGCGAGUUUAUAAUGUAUGGAAAGUGCACAGGACCCAAGAGUCACGAUUUGUCCUGGCAGUGUUAUCAAAAUCAGCCUCUCGUGUGUAGCAAAUGCGAACGGGAUGCGAAACUCGCUGAAAUCAAACGAAAAAGAGAUUUUGCACUGCAGGAAAAAAGAGAAGCGGAGCAAGCAGCACAUGCCCGCAAGCUGGCAGAAAUCGAUCAGAAAAUUGACGAUGUUACACAGACUUUGCGUGACGAACAGCUCGCAAUAGACAGGGAUAACGCUAUUCGACAGAAAUAUAUGGACUUUGAAGCAGCUGCUGCGAGGAUUGGACAAGCUUCAGCUCCACCUGUAUUACAACCGCCGUCUGCUGUAAAUGUAAAUCUAUUUCGCCCAACUAAGGCGAAGAAAUCAUCUCUCCCAUCUGCAGUGCCGUCUUCAUCUAGUCAUGUUUUUCCUCCUGAAACCUCCGCGUCUGACCCAGAGCGUCCAGAAGAAUCCGAAUCAUCUAUUGAAUGGGAGCGUCAGAAGGAAAUGGAAGGGGUACGAAACGACGCAAUUGAUUCAAUUAUGGAGAUGACUGGGCUCGAAGAUGUCAAACGUCAAGUCCUGCGAAUUAAAGCCAAAAUUGAUGUCGUCAAAAGGCAAGGAACAUCGUUGAACAAAGAGCGCUUCAAUCUUGUUCUCCUUGGAAAUCCUGGCACUGGCAAAACGACUGUUGCAAGGCUAUAUGCCAAAUUCCUGACCUCGAUAGGUGUUCUUCCAGGUAGUGAAUUCAUCGAGACUACUGGAUCCCGCUUGGCAAAUGACGGCGUCGCUGGAGCUCAAAAGCAUGUAGAUGAUGUUAUCAACGCUGGAGGAGGAGCCAUAUUCAUCGAUGAAGCUUAUCUUUUGACCAGCGAACACAACUUCCAAGGGAGACAAGUAUUAGAUUUCUUGCUGGCCGAAAUGGAGAACAGAGUUGGAUCUAUCGUAUUCAUUCUAGCAGGAUACAACAAGCAAAUGGAGAAGUUUUUCGAACACAACCCUGGCUUGCCGAGCCGUGUGCCCUACCAGUUGCAAUUCGCCGAUUACACCGAUCUCGAAUUGUUAAGUAUGUUAGAAGAUCUCAUCAAGAAGAAGUAUGGCGGGAAGAUGAAAGUGGAAGGUGGGAUUCGAGGCUUAUAUGCUCGCAUUGUCGUGCGGCGUCUAGGUAGGGGUCGCAACCGAGAUGGUUUUGGGAAUGCACGUGCUCUGCAGAAUAUAUUCUCCAAAAUCUGCGAGCGUCAGGCGGAACGGAUCAACAACGAGCGUAAAGAUGGAUUGGCACCAGAUGACUUUCUGCUAGUCAAAGAGGAUCUAAUUGGCCCAAAUCCGUCAAGCGUAAUGACUAGGAGCAAAGCCUGGGACACACUUCGUUCCUUGAUCGGCCUUCAGUCUGUCAAAGAUUCAGUGCAGAAUCUCUUUGACUUAAUUCAUGUCAAUUAUCUACGCGAGCUGCGGGAAAAAGAGCCAAUCCAGAUGUCUCUGAACCGCGUGUUUCUCGGCUCGCCUGGAACUGGCAAGACGACAGUAGCUAAGCUCUAUGGGCAGAUCCUGGCGGACAUGAAACUUUUGAGCAAUGGCGAAGUGGUGGUAAAAAAUCCGGCAGACUUCGUUGGAGCUGCUCUGGGACAGUCCGAGAGCAACACCAAAGCCAUUCUAGCCAAUACAGUUGGGAAGGUUCUGGUAAUUGAUGAGGCGUACAUGCUGUACGAUCGAGGAAGUGGCACUAGCCAACAAAGUGACCCUUACAAAACAGCCGUCAUUGAUACCAUUGUUGCGGAAGUACAGAGCGUACCAGGAGAAGACCGCUGUGUUCUGUUGUUGGGUUACAAAGACCAGAUUGUUGAAAUGUUCCAGGCAAGUACUGAAAAUGUUAACCCGGGCUUAUCACGCCGUUUUGCGAUUGAGAACGCCUUUCACUUUGAAAAUUUCACGGACUCGGAACUUCGAGAAGUCCUACGACUAAAAGUCAAGCAACAACAACUCGGAGCCACAGAAAAAGCGGAAGAUGUGGCUAUCGAAAUGCUGAGUCGCGCUCGUAAUCGCCCGAAUUUUGGAAAUGCUGGGGAAGUAGAGAAUAUCCUGGGCCAGGCCAAGGGACGAUACCAGACGCGUCAGGCCACUCUUCCUGUCAGUAAACGGUCUUUCGACGUUGUCCUAGAACCUCAGGAUUUUGAUCCUGACUUUGACCGCAAUGAGAAUGCGUCCACGAACCUGGUGAAAUUAUUCGAGGAUAUAGUAGGCAGCGAAGAUAUCAUCAAGAAGUUGGGUGAAUACCAGCAAAUUGCCCGUACGAUGAAGGCCAAAGGCAUCGAUCCGCGUCAGCAUAUUCCUACUAAUUUCGUUUUCAAAGGGCCCCCAGGAACGGGGAAAACGACCACUGCGAGGAAAAUGGGCCAAGUCUAUUAUGACAUGGGAUUCCUUUCCAAUGCGGAUGUCGUAGAAUGUUCAGCAUCUGAUUUGGUCGGUCAGUAUGUUGGCCAGACAGGUCCAAAGACAAAGAAGGUGUUUGAAAAGGCCCUAGGGAAAGUUCUUUUCGUGGACGAAGCUUAUAGGCUGGGUGAAGGUCAUUUUGCUAAAGAAGCAAUGGACGAGCUAGUGGGCCUACUAACCCAUGAGACAUUCAAGAAUAAACUUAUAGUCAUCCUGGCAGGAUACGACCAAGAAAUGAAUAAUCUCAUGGCCGUCAAUACCGGACUCUCUAGUCGAUUCACCGAGGAAAUCAAUUUCCCAAACAUGAGCAUUGUGCACUGUAUAGGGCUCCUCGUUAAAGAGUUGACGAAGAUGGGGGUAUUUUUGGAUGGCAUUGAUAAUCCACAGUCUGAAACGUAUCAAGAAAUAGAAGGGAUAUUCGGGGCUCUAUCUGGUCUUCCAUCAUGGGGUAAUGCACGAGAUGUCAAGAAUAUGGCUGAGAAGAUGAUCCGUCAAGCUUUCAUGAAAGGCGGUCUGCUAACAGCAGAAGAUGCGGUGGCCAUAUUGACCUCUACACUAGACGAGAAGCGUGAAAGACUCACGAACGUGCCCAUAAAAUCUGGGUUCUCGCAUUUCGGAACCCCUCAGCAGGCGGCCCCUGUACCACCUCCUUCUAUGACUCCUCCCGCUCGAAUGGCGCAGGUCACGAAGCAGGCCAGGCCUCUUAGCAAGCAAAAUUUACCCAAGCUCGCCAACGCACCUCCUAAACUUCAAUCAUCUGGAUCAUCCGGUGUUCAGCGUGAUCCUGGUGUGUCGGACGCUAUAUGGCGUCAACUUGAAAUCGAUAAGCUGAAGGCUAAGGCUGUGGCGGAAAAUUUGGCGAGGGAAAAAGAAAAGCUAGAGCGAGACAUACAAGAGGCUAAGGAGCGCGUAGAAACUGAGAGGAAGUUUGCCGAGGCGCUGGCAUCUGCUCGUGCCAAGGAUGAUGCAGAAAGAUCAGAACUAAAACGACAAAGGGAGCAGGCCAGGCUACGAGAAGCGACAGAGAGGGUGGAGCGCGCAAGGCUAGCUGCCGCCCUCGAAGCAAAGCGACAGGAAGAGCGAAAAGAACAACAAGCUCAAGCAGCGCUGCGCCGUAUGGGGGUAUGUGUAGCAGGCUUUCAGUGGAUAAAAGGCUCAGGAGGAUACCGCUGUGCAGGAGGCUCGCAUUUCAUUAGUGAUGAAGCAUUAGAGAGCGCAAUGGUCGAUCGUAACCAUGACUUUGCACUGAACACGGACAUUAAUCAGGUCUAG